AAGGGGGUUGAUGGCCAGCCUGGCUUGUCGGGCUCCAGAUCCAUGAAGCCCCCAGGAGGAGAAUCGGGCAAUCUUUUUGAAAGUCCAGAAGAAGGUGUUCCUUCAAGCAAACCUAAUAGGAUUGCAUUUAAUAUUUCUGGACCAACUGAAGAACCUAAAAACAUAACGAAGCGGACAAUUACUGCAGGGGGCAAAGGAAGUGGUAUCUUUGAUGCAUCGACUCCUGUGCAGACUCGACAGCGACUGAACCCACCUGGUGGGAAGACUAGUGACAUAUUUGGGUCCCCAGUCACUGCCACUACACCCCUGGAACACCCAAACAAGCCCAAGGAUCAUGUUUUGCUAUGUGAAGGUGAAGACUCUAAAUUUGACCUGAGACUGGACUGCCACGGACCGCCUCUCGUGGAGACCACCGACCGAGGGAAAUCAGGAAUUGGAGAGGAAAUGACAAAAGACACACUCAAUGAAGUUGAAUAUGCUGCUGCAACUUUACUUCGGCUCAGUGCAGACUGCUGGCAGGAUGAGAAAAAGACACAGGACAAACAAGGAGGAAAAGACUCCAUCGGCGCCAAGGUGGAGAUCGGCAUUGAGACAAUUCUUCUGGUAUCAUUACUACAGCUCAUUGCCUGGGAUCUGUGGUAUGCCACCAGCUGA